CAAGAACCAGAAAAUUGGUAUAACCACGGCAAAUUGAUAUAGCCACCGAAAAACACCGAAAGUAAACAAAACAUUUUGACAGCCACAAAGACGAGCUUCAUUUUGCCAUUGUAAUUUCAGUUUCAAUCACACGUCCAAUUCCAGUUACAACACAAGAAGAGCGCGUCACCAUGCAGUCCAUCAUGGCUGCCAUUCCUCUUUUUACACCCUCUAAGCCACCUCCAACUCGAUCCUCACCACGGACUUCGCUAGGCACAACUCCAGGUAGUGGCACACCGCGACUUAAAAAGAGCACACCGAGAUUAAAGAGCACGCCUGGAUCAAAGAGCACGCCUGGAUCAGGGGGACGGCAGUCGUAUGCGAAAAGACAGGCCGCAGAGGCAGCAGCUUUACAGAGAGGGACCACGGAUGACAGCGAGAUUCACAACGUCAGUGAUUCCGUGCAACUUGAGCAGGACGAGGUGGCAUCAGCAUCUACUCCCCGUGCGACUGCACGCUCCCUCAGCAGCAAAAAGGCAGCAGAAACAACAAGACCAUUCCGACUCACUGGGCGUAUCUCGGAGAUUCUAGAUCAGCCAGAUAUUGGAGAAGAGGAGCCAGCACAGCCAGCACAGCCAGAGAGGUCAGAGAAGCCAGAAAGGUCGGCGAAGCCAAGGAAACCAGAAGAAGAAGAAACGAAAUACGUUUUCGAGGGCUUCGCUGGGUAUCGCUGGGCAGGGGACUCCAUCGAGCUACAGGUACAAUGGAAGAGAGAUGACGAACACGAUGAUAGCGAGGAAUGGGCAGACGCCGAAGAAUGGGAGGGUGGCAAGAUGACUUGGGAGCCCGAAAGAAAGCUGCACGAAGACGAUCCCGAGUUCCUGUUUGAGUAUUGGCGCACACAAGGUGGACGGCCUGAGAACCCAACAGACCCUGGACUCUAUGAGAUCUUUGGCGUUCUCAAGCACAACAAGAACCGUACCAAAUUGCUCAUUGAAUGGGUUGGGUACGAGCGCUCAGAGGCUACGUGGAUGCUUCGAAAGGAUAUCCCAAAAUCGGCACAGGAUAUCGUAGACGACUACUUUGCCAGUGUAAAGACUAAGGGCAAGAAGAAAUGAGGAACCAGCAACCGACAGAAGUGUCUUUCCUUUUAUCUAUAUCAUUUUUCCAGCGUCGGAGUGUCAAUUACGGAGAUUGCAAGCUUGAAACGGAAUACCAGCUGAGAAUUAGUACAUUAUUAUGAUGGGGGAGUCAAGGGCUCUUGAUUGUUAUAGACAUUAUAUGAAGCAUGAGAGACAAAACGGUCUAUCCAGUGUAUAGGUAAACGAGUUAAUGCUGGCUACACUGCAAAUUCACACCUCUGAAUAAGGUAGAUGUCAAGACGAUAAGGUUUACAAAAAAUAUAAUACAACGAGGAAUGAAAGCAAAAAGUUAUCG